AUGUCACUUGCACCUAUGGGAUUCCCACGACGGAUUCUCGAGAAUCUCGAGAUUGUAGACCGGGAACGACGGAAGAGCAUGUGGAGGAAUACCACAAUGUUCCAAGAGCUCCCCUCGCCGUUGUCACCCCCGGAUCUGUCACCUCCGCGCUCCCCCUCCGUACAGUCACCGGCACAGCAGGAAGUGGAGCUCGAGGCGCUAGCGGGGACGACAGGGGGAAACGGCGGAGGAGAAAGGCGCGCUUCCGCGGAUGCGGGGGAGGGGGGAAUGGGGAGAGCCAUGGGGAGAGCGAUGCGGAGGGAAGAAGGAAACGGGGGUUUGGAGGGGGAGGCCGGGGCGGAAGCGGAACGAGGGGAGGCUGGGGGGGAGCCAGGGGGAGCGGAGGUCCAGUUGGGGUCAGGGGAGGGAGCAGCGCCAGUGUCUGGGCUUGUCUAUUGGACCGGUGUAACGGCAGCUACAGACCCUCUGGGGAGUGUUCAUUGUCCCAAUUCUGAUGUGGAGCAGGUCCGAGCCGUGGCUUCCAGGCUGCUUCCUGCCAUAGCAGCGGCCACAAUCGACCAAUUAGAGAGCUCUGUAACUCUCUUCACCUCCCCCCCAUCCCCGUUAGAAGCAGCUGAGGCAGUCAAAGGCGAGUUGCUCACGUUCCUUGACUCCCACACCAAGAGCCUGACCGCUGCUGUGACUCCUGCUGCUGUUGAUGUUACCGAGGCUUGGACUGGGGUCUGGCACGGGCAUGGGGGAGAGGAGGAAGAGGGGAAAAAAGAAUCCUCAGUGUCAGCAGUGCAGCAGGAGAAGCAGAAUGGAGAGGAGAAACAGCCGUGUAACUCUCCUGUGGUUACCACCAUUCAGGCUCUUCUAGACGAGUUUGUGGCUCAACGCCAGAGCCUGCUGACUCGCUUUUCAUCUGCCUUCAGGCGUGUGGAACACACUGAAGACAAGGUUGCGUCGCUGGCUCAGCAGCUGGAGGAGUCUGACUUGCUUGACAAGGCUUUAAGGAUCAACCUUGCGCAGUCGCUUAUUCGCCGCGUCGACGCCGCGGGUACUGCGCACUGCUCGGCGCAAUUCGGCACUGUUGCGGGGUUGAAUUCGCACCGGGAACAUUGCCCGUUUGAGGAGGUCCCGUGUGCGAACGCACCCUGCUGGGAGCGGGUGUCGCGGUACAGAAUGGGCGUACACGAUAAGAAGUGCCCCCUUAAGAUGCUUCCGUGUCGGCAGGGGUGUAGACUGACAAUAGCACGAGCCAGGAUGGAGAGACACUGUGCGACGGACUGUGGGAUGAAAUCCGUAUCCUGCCCGUAUGCCCCUAUGGGGUGCACACUGCCUCUGCUUCAGAAGGACGUGGCGAAGCACUGUAGAGAGCGGGUGGAGGGGCACCUGCGAGCGGCAUGCCAGCUGGUGGUGGAGAUGCGGCAGGAGGGGCAGGUGAUGGCACGGCGGCUCGACAUGCUGGAAAAGUCUAUAUCCCUCACAGAGAGACAAGGGAAGGUGGACGUGGAAACAGUGCGCAAAGAGCUUCAAGCAUCCAACAAGAAAGUCACAUCGUUGGAGCAAGAGCUGAGUAGGGUCCGGCGCCAGAACAAGCAGCGUCUCGCGCGGCGAGCCAGCCGCGAUCGGUGGAACCUGCAGCAGCUGCUGAUCGCGGAGCGCAGAGCACUCGGGCCGCCGGUGGUCGGGUCGUAUUUUUAUCAGAGGGAGGACGCGGAGGGGAAGAAACCGCUGUUCUCGUUUGGCGUGAUGACGGACGUGCAGUACGCCGAUAUCGACGACGGUCAUUCGUUCCUUGGCAUCCCUCGAUUCUACCGACACAGUUUAGAAGUGGUGAAGAGGGCGGUUCGCGAUUGGAACCACGAGACGAACCACGUUUCCUUCGCAGUGCAUUUCGGCGACCUCGUCGACGGACUCUGCCCUCGCGAAAAUUCGCUCGAGGCCUUUCACACGGUUCUGGGCGAGUUCGGCAAGUUGACCAACGGACCCGUGUACCACAUGCUAGGCAACCACUGCCUCUACAACCUCCCGCGGAAAACCCUCAACAAGCUGCUCGCCAUGCCUCCCUCCGCCGACCACCGCUCCUACUACCACUUCUCCCCAUUCCCUGGCUUCCGCCUCGUCGUUCUCGACCCGUACGACAUCAGCAUGAUCGGAUGGCCGUCCGGCCACCCGCACGCUGAGCUGGCGGCGGAAAUUCUCGGGCAGCAGAAUCCCAACGAGGAGAAGAACAGCCCCGAGGGGAUGGUGGGGAUGCAGCGGCGGUUCUUGAAGUUCAACGGGGGAGUGAGUGAGACGCAGCUGGGGUGGCUGGAGGGCGUGUUGAGGGAGAGUGAUGAGUGUGGGGAGACGGUGAUCAUCUGCUGUCAUCUGCCUGUGGAGCCCAACGCUCUUCCCACCUCCACGUGCCUCAUCUGGAACUAUGACAAGGUUCUCGCGACCAUUCAGCAGCACGACUGUGUGGUGGCGGUCAUUUCUGGCCAUGCACACUUUGGAGCAUACACCUGCGACGACAAGGGCAUUCACCACCGGAUUCUUGAGGCGGCACUUGAAUGCCCGACAGGAACCUCAGCCUUCGGCCAGAUUGACGUGUAUCCUGAUCGCCUCUGUCUCAUCGGCCACGAUCGCAUGAUGAGCACACAGAUGAUUUUCCAUGACCGCCAUGUCAACCGCCAUGUCAGCAACAGCAGCUCGUCUUCCUGCCAUAUCAGCAAGCCCAUACAUACUAAGGGCCUCGCUGAAAUCAUGCAGCGACCUUAUGGAAGGCCAGUCGAGCAAUCCGAUAAUGACAACGCCUUCACGCAACGCGACGCAUCGGCUCCGCGAUGGUCCUCUGCUACUGCAUCGUCCGCGUCUAGUUCGUACGUCUUCGUCAACGAUGCUUCUCCGUUACCACCAUCCUCAGCAGCGUCUCCUUACUACGGUCGUUUCUCUCCGCGAGGAAGCCCUUUCCCGAGGCAUCUGGCUCCCGGCUAUUCCGAUUAUCCUGGCCCGUCCGGAAAUCUGAGUAAUUCUCGAACGAAUUCAGAUCAAAAUUCAGGCCAUCAUCGGUCGCUGUCAUCUGGAAGCUCGUUAUGGCAAUUCCCUCUCGCUCCUCCGGCUUGUCCGCCGUUUUCGGCUUCUGUGUCCGGAUUGUCUCAAGCCGAGACUCCACGUAUGACCAGAUCGCGAGAAGAUGCCACGACGUUCACGAGUAGCAGAUUUCGCACAGCCGAAUCCCCUGCAGUGUCACCGACGAGGACUGUUAGCUCAAUUUCUACUUCAACUGCACCUCCAGUUUCAUCUUCUGGGAAUUCCGUAUCAACGUUGGAGCGUAUUGAGACCGUGAAAGAAACGUCAAGUGAAAAACCGCCGCUGAAUUUCCCUUGGAUGACUCCCGUUCUGGUGACAUGUCUCCUCAUUGUGUUCCUGGUUACUAUGGGUCUGAAUAACUGUCCCCGCCAUGCUCACCCCGAUGGCCAGACCUGCAUAUGGAGGUUUUUACACAGAUUCUCCUUUGAGCCGCUGAGAGUAAAUCCGCUAUUUGGACCGUCCGCACGCAGAAUGCUCAACAUGGGAGCUCUUAAUGCGGAUCUGGUGCGGAACCACCGCCAGGGAUGGAGACUUCUGACGACCAUGUGGCUGCAUGCUGGCUCGGUUCAUGUCAUCUGCAACCUCCUUUCCCUCGCAUUUGUCUUCGUCAGGCUGGAGCAGGAAUUUGGACCAUGGCGGCCCUUAGCCGUUUUCUAUUUUUCGGGAGUUGCCAGUGCUGUAUUUGCGGCCAUGUUUCUUGGAGACAGUAUAUCCGCUGGAGUAUCAGGCCCCCUUUUUGGUCUCAUCGGAGCUACCUUUUCUGACGUCAUUGUCAAUUACAACUUUUACCACAACCAUUGGCAAGCACUUGCAGUCCUUACACUCUUGGGACUUGUCAAUCUCGCCACUGGACUGAUGCCUUUUAUUGACAUCUUCACCUGCAUUGGCGGGCUCCUCUCAGGCAUUCUCCUUGGGUUUGCUCUGUUGAUUCGGCCAAAGCCCAGCUUCGUUGGCCUGCUGAGAGCAACGCCUGCUGCCAUUGAUACGUUGAUGGGUGAGGGACGAGGCAUUCCUGUGACGAUGAAGUACACAGCAUGGCAGCAACGAAUCCGUAUGGCUGCUGCUGCUGCAUUUCUUGCCCUGUUAAGACUUUCUCAAAUCACACAGGGCUUCUUUCGUGCAGCAACAGCUCCACCGUCUCCUUUUCCACACUGUCCUUAA